AUGGUGUCGAGUUUGAGAAUAGAAGCUACAUUUCGUGUAGACAGAAAACAAGGGGUUAAGCUGGUCCUGAUGAGUGUUAGAGCUGAAAUACGAAAAAGACUUGUUAAUCGAUUACUAGAAUUGAAGCAAAGUGAAAUCACCACCCUCAAUGAGGUCGAGGUAUGUAGAGAGGCAUUAGCAUAUGUUAGCCUGGAAUCAGACAAAUUAGGACAGACAAUUAAAGAUGCAAAGAAUUUCAUUUGUGAUGAACAGAAAGAUGUUGUAGAGAGAUUGCAACAAGCAGAAGACAAACAUAAAGAAGAUGUUAAAGACGUCGGUGAUCACUUUACAGGUAGAGCUAAAGAGACAAUACAAAAAUAUUUACACGAAGCUGUCAAAGAAUUUGACAAACACAACGAAGUAUUAUAUGAAAGAAUAAAGAAACUGGAAGCAGACGUUUCUGUAAGAGUGGAAAAAGUGGAAAGAGGCGCUUGUAGCGAACCAUUAGCAUCUCUUAGCCUGAAAUCAGAGGAAUUAAAACAGACCCUUCAAGAUGCAAAGAAUUCCUUUAGUGAUGAAAUGAAAGAUAUUGUAGAGAGAUUGCAACAAGAAGCAGACAAACAUAAAGAAUAUAUCAAAGAUUUCAGCCAUCAAGUAACAGGUACAGCUAAGGAGGCAAUACAAAAAAGUCUACACGAAGCUGACAAACACAGAGAAACCCUUCUUGGCAGAGAUCUUUGUGAGAGAGUUGCGAAAUUGGAAACAAUCGUUUUCUUAAUUAUGGGGAAACAAGGAAUAGUAGACCUUCCACUUAAUGAAAAAAUUGUAAAGAUACUAGAAAGAAAUAAAGGAGAAUUAGAAUGUAAACGUCAGAAGUUAAUGAGCCAUUUAGAUCACGUCAAAGGGAAACAAGAUGCAACAAAAAAUCAAGCUCAAGACGAACAUAUAUUAGAGAAGUCAACUUCAUCUGUACCCCUGUCAAAGGACAGCAAACUUGCAUUAAGUUCUACAGAUGAAGAAAUCAGGUCAAAAGAUUCUCAGGAGGAUGAAAUUUUGAAUGAUUCUGAAUUAACCAAACUUUUGCUUAGAGAAGGAAGAAUGUCACAGAAAGUAUUCAAGGAAUGCAAAAGAAUAUGUAAAGUGAUCAAAAACAAAUCUAAAGAUAUCGUACAUGUUGAAGCAGCUUACGAAUUCGAAGACGAUAAACAUGUUAUAUUUCUUGUAUUUGCCGAAAAAAAUAUUGAAAUACAUUCGAUUUGGAAAACAGAAAUAAGAAUCAUUAACAGUUACUCAAAUGAAAGUCAUGUUGUGUUAUACAACGCAGAAAACAGUCCGCUGAAAGAGAAAGAGUCACAACAAAUAGCAGAAAUCAUAGACAGACACUCUAAGAAACUUAUGCGCGAUCACAAAUUCCUUUCUGCUAUAUCCGCAUCAUCAGUUUUAUCUAAACGUUUCAAAUAUGAUGAACAUAAAGUAGAGAAACGCCCAUGCAUCGUUUUAAACGUUUUGGUUAAAGGAAUUAUUCCACUGAAUGAGGAAUAUUUUCCUACAGAAUUAGAUGGAAUACCAGUCGAUGUAAGGGAAGGUGGAGUUCGUUUAUGCGUAAAUGUCGCGAAAAGAUUUCAAAAAAGUGCAACAAUAGGUUGUAAAAUAACGUCUUCCAAAUUCCCUGAAAAAUAUGGAACACUUGGUGGCUUUAUAGAACAUCCUGAGUACGGUCUUUGUGGAAUCACAUGUGCCCACGUUUUUUUGACUGCUCUUGAAAAAUUUACCAUCAAAGGAAUUUCAACAAAAAACGUAGUAAACGAGAAUGUCACGAUACACCAACCGGAUGUCUCAGAAUUUCAAAAUAAACUGGGACAACUUAUUCAAAUUACAUACAAGGAAGGAGAGAACGAUAAACCAGGAGUUGAUCUUGCGCUGUUCAAGAUUGAAAAACGUGCACCUAUGAAAGGACAAUUUCCUGAUGAACAAUUUCCUGAAUUUAAUGAUGGUCUAGUAUGGGGAAAGACAGGUAUUCCGAAUGGUCUCAGAGAAGUUAGAAAAUUUGGUUGCGUAUCAUUGGAAACAAGAGGAGUUAUGCAAUGUGAUGAUAGUGUCAUUAGAGAAUGUCCAUUUACCAGUUACUUAGACAUGGGAGAAGAAUUAAGAUUUACAACUACACUUUAUAAACAAUACCAUAUCAAAUCAUUUGAUAAGGACAUUCCAUUUUGUAAACAAGGAGAUUCUGGAGCUCUUGUGUUUAUGGAGGAUAAUACUGGAGAGGAAACAACUCUAAGAUGUAUUGGUAUGGUUGUUGCAGUUUCUGAAGAUAACACGGGUUAUGUUACCCCAAUAACUGCUAUACUUGAUGAACUAAAGGUAAAACAAUUUAAACCAUUCACAACACAUUCAACAAUCAGUACAUUAUUGGAACAAAUGAGAGGAAUGUUUGAAACACAUUCCGAUAGAUUUGAUGAACGGUUCAGACAAUUGGAAGAACGCAUUUCUGGUAUCGAAACUGCAAUGAACACCAACAACUAAACGGUUGCCAGAAAUACAAGUAAAUGAAAUGAAAUAAUGACUGUCCAAAAGUUUGUGAACAUUAUUUAAGCUAUAAAAAAGUAAACUUCUUUUUAAUUAAUUAAACAAACUAAAGCAUGUUUCAAUAUAUACUAGAAUUAAGAGUAUCGGUAUAUUAUGUAGCACGCCUUAAUUGUGCACCUGAGUAGAACCACCGACGUUCCGUAAUCUAGCUGGAUAGCUUCCUCAAAUGAAAGACUCCAAAGUCCCUGUCGGGAUUCGAACCCGCAGCGGUGAGGGGCAGGUGGUUUGAUGUCAACAAACUUAACCACCGGCAACGGACGCCCCUAAUAUUAUAAUCAUAAUUAUUAUUUGAAGAUGAAAAUUUUACACAAUACAUGUGUCUAGAUUAUAUACAAACUACUCAUAGUCAUGAAGAUGCUUUCAAUAUGACACUAUUGGUCGGUGUAGACAAAGUCACUCGGGAGGAACUGUUAUACGAAGGAUGGAGUUCUUAUGAUAACUUGUUUGGAGUUCUUAUGAUAACUGUCACGAAGGUGUUGGAAAAAGUUACGAAUUUCUGUGGAAAACUUUUCUAUAUACAUGGAGAACUCACGUAAAAAAAUUGUCAUUUUUACCUUUAAAUGGGGAUUUUGAGGUGCUUUAUCAAACUUUGAUAAUUAAACUUGCCGUCAGAUUGUAUUAUGUUUCAGAAAAACUUUUAAAUCCAUUUUUCAUCGCGUUUUUAAAAACAAAUCUGGUUGUUUUGAGUAAAAUUUCCAAAUAACUUGUUCAUUCGAACAUAUUGACCUUUUCAUUUGUGAUCUUCUUCGUUUCUUUACUUAAUUGGCUAAUUAUAAUGAAGAGUUGCAAACAUUAAGCCCAGGCUAAUAAGUUUAUACCCGAUUUGUCAAAUGUCACGGAGUUCUUGUGAUAACUCAAAAUAUGUCCUGAAGUUCUUAUGAAAACUUUUGUUACUGCCAGUGAUUUGCUUAUGCUUAAUAACGGCACGUUUAAGCUAUUUUAUCAGUGUGUAAAUCAUUAUGAGCAUAGUACUUUUUUGUUCAUUUUAUUGGAAUGACUGAAAACAUACUUGAUGUAGAGCAUUGACUUACAGGAAAAAAUGCUUUGAAUUUAAUACUCAAGCAUGAUAUCUUCAUGUAUACAUUAUUCCUGGUAGUUUAAGAGAACAUUAAGUAACUGUGAUAUCGGUCGGCCGAAAUAAAUUACAUGUAAAUUGUUUGCAGCAAAUAGGAAGUAAUAUGCACUACCUAUCUAAUUUGAGGUGGGUGUCAUAUUUUUGUAUUCAACAGAUAUGUUAAUUUCAAAAAGAGGUCAAGUUUUAGUUAUAGAAACGUAUAAAGUUCUAUGACAAUGAUUUGACAAUAGAAAGUAAGUCUUAAAUAAUAGAUGUGAGUCACCUUUAGGUUCAUGCCGUUUAUUGGCCUUGUUCCUUUCUCUAUUAAAUCCAAUGUAGCAUCACGUGACCUACAGAAAUCUUCAUAUACAGAAAAUUAUUGGAUUCAUCAUUCUUAUUAAAGUUGGAGUCAUUUGGACAUUCCCUUUAUAUAACCCUUAUUGAUAACAAAAAUAUAUUGUCGAACUUCUUUCGCUCGAUAAAGUCUAGGGCACGUACAAAUCUGUUGAAGAGAUCGGAAGUGAUCGGUUGAUUUUUUUAUGUAUAAAUAGAUCAUAAAUUUCGGUUGCAUAGGUGUUUAGGGUAUCCCGGUUAUAUACUUGUUGUUUAUGGUAUAAAAUGAUACAAAUUACUUAGCCGCUUCUUGAGGGAAGCCCAACUAUAUAGUGUCUGCUUAAGAAAGUCGGUCGCUUAAAGCAUGGAACUGAGGAAAAAGUGAAAAAAAUUUACAAUUUUUGCUUGGCGGUUUAAGUCAUUUUACUGCUGAAUACAAGUGACCGCUGAUUCAGGUUUUCCUGAAGAUAGCCUAUCACCUGUUAUCUUUUGUAGACUGUACACAAAGCAGUUUUAUAUUAAAUCUAUUCUUAAAAGAUUUAGGGCUUUCUGACAGCCAAAUCCUGAAAAAAAUGACAGUUACCUAAAAAAUUACGAAACAAAAUUAUUUACACACCAAGCUACUUCGUGUCAGUUAUCAUAACAACGUUAAGCAAGUUAUCAGAAGAACUCUAUGACCUUCGUGUAACAGUUCCUCCCCCGUGAAAGAGUCCCUCUGUUGAUUUACUUAUGUGAAUCGCUCGCAUGCCUUAAUCGCUCACGAAAUAUACCCUUUAACAGACCAUACCCAGUAUUGAUUUUGUAUUUGUCAUAUUUUGUGGAUUUAAAAUUGUGAUAACAACUACAAAAAAUAUUUCUGUUGACACAUUCACAGGAGUUAUUGGGCCUCUACCGGUUUACUUAAGAGGACUUUAGGCUAACCCUCCGUCCGUGAGUCUGCCCGUCCGUACAAACCCAGAGGUACUUGUGUGACUUGGAGAACAAUGGGUAACAGUAAAUUAUCUUUGAUCCUAUUUAUGUCCCAUAGUAUAGCCUGUGGCAUAGUAUUCUUCUACAAAAGUGAUAAUGGGACUGCGCAAGGGUCAGUUUUCUACCGUUACCUUUUAAAAAGUAUCUGCUGAGCGAUUAAGGUUUAUUAUGAAACCCUUGCAAUUAAUUAUUAUCGUGAGGUACUUCAAGGUUUUUUUUUGUUGUUUUUUUUCUUCUUUGUAAAAUUGUUAUACGAUAUAUUAUGUGUCUUUAUUGGAUUAUUAUUGUAAACUGUCAUUCAUAUAUAAAAACAUUCAUUGUUUGAUUGUCUUUAGGAUUUGUAAGAUUUGUUUUGUAAAGUGUCAAAGUGAAACAUACUUUAUGGCUUUUUUGAUGAUUAAAAAAAGUAAAAAUGUGACAUUUUAUUCAAAGGCAGUGCAAGUUUUCUAACCCAAAAGUUCAGUAGUAAAAAAAUAGUGUUUUUAUACUGUAUGUAAACAAAUCAUCAACUUAAAAUGGGGAUUAGAAUAUAAUAUAUCUUUAUACACAUAUGGCAAUGCUGACCUUUGAAAAAGUAUAUAAAAACUUGCUAAUUAAGCUUUAGUCAUAAUAGAAUUAACAGAAUUUCUUUCAUUAAUUUAUUGUAAGCACACAAUAUGAAAACAACUGAUUUAAGAAUAUAGAAAAAUAAUGAUGAUCUUCUUUCCUUGUUUUAUUAAAUUAAAUUAUUUUUUAAUCUUGUCCAUUCGAAACUUGUUAUCUAAUGAAUGAUUGGUAUGGCUAUAAAAUCAUAAUUGGUAUGAGUAAAGCAUCAUCAUUAUAAGUGAAUUUCGUUAUGUACAGGUUUACUAUUUUGGUCAUUUUUUUCUUAGCUGAUACACUUUAUUUAUUUCACAAUAUAAAGAAUAGAGUUGAAAUGAUUAUUUUUUUCCUUCUUUUUUAUUUUGACUAUACACAUAUUCAUUCGAAACUCGUUAUCUUACUAUAGUAAAAUUGGUCUACAAAGGUCAUUAAAUCAUUUUUCUUUGUCUUUUGUCUAUCAUUGUACCUCCAUGAUUGCAUCAGAUUAAGUUAACAUAAUAAAAUACACAAAACAUUCUAUGUUUAAAACUAUUAUAAUAUCAUUAAAUUUGAUAUCUUUAUCUUGAUGAAAGCAACACAUAUCAUUUGCAAAACUGUCCUAGGUAAAAAUUGAUUACAUACAUAUUGUUGGCUUUUUGUCACUGUUUAAUAUUGUGUUGUUUCUUUUGUGUAUAAAAAGUACUUGUUAAAAAAACUCAUUAAUGUUAAAGGGCAGUCUUUUUCUGUCAUAGUUGUUUUAGCUGUUACACAAUUAUAUUAAUUUCAAUAUAUAAAGAAUAAGGCUCAAAUGAUGACUUCUUUCAUCUUUUUAAUUAAGAUUUUACACUUAUUCAUUUUAAAACUUGUUAUUUAAUGAGAGAGUAAUUGUUCAACAAUGAUUACUAAAUCAUUGUUUAAGUCGUUUGUCUGUCGUUUGUACGAGGAGUAUUCAAUAAUUAGUGUCGGGGCUAUAGUAAAAUGAAAACUUUUAAAGCAACUACGAAUUUUAUUUUUUUUAAACCUUCAAAGUAAUCUACUUAGAUUACUUUGAACAAUAUACAGAGUUUCAACGUUUGAUCCAAUUUUGAAAUGCUUUUUCAUAGUCUUCUUGAGGUAUACCCCUACACAACUGAUGUAAUGCUGAACCAAGUACAUUUCUGGUCCUGUAACGGCCACCCUGAAGGUUUUUCUUUAAUCUUUUCUUUAAUCUUGGAAACAGGAAUAAAUCGCAGGGUGCCAAAUCUGGCGAGUAUGGUGAGUGAUUAAGCACAGUUACACGUCUGCACUCCAAUAAUUUCUUAACAAUGUCUGCCUUGUGUGGAGUAGCGUUAUCAUGGAGUACAUACAGACCUCUCAUACAAGUAUUUGGACGACAUUUGCGAUAAAAUUUGUCAGUUUUGUUUAACACUAUUCGUUUGUAAAACUUUGCAGUAACGGUACGACCUUUUUGAAUAGGAACUUGUGUCACUAAACCAUGUAUACCAAAGAACAUGGCAUACAUAACCUUCUUUGUGCUAGUCAUUAUUUUAGCUAUACAGGGCCUACGGGUAUGUUUGGUGGCCCAUAUCGUAUUAUUAACCUUCCGUGUGGGCUCAAAAAAGUGGAACUAGCUUUCGUCACCAGUUACAAUGUUAGAAAAAUUACGAUCGUUAUAUUUGGGACACAUCUUCAAUAAUUUCUUGGAACAUUUUACACGCUCCUGCUUUUGCUUUUCAGUCAAUAAAUGUGGUAUCCGUCAGGCUGCAAUCUUUGUUACUUUGAGGUGCUUCUUUAGAAUCGUAAAUGUACUUUCCGUUAAAAUGCCAGUUUACUAAGCUAUUUCAGAAUCUGUCUAUCGAGCUUCUUUGUUUAUGAGUUUUUGCACUUUUUAAUGUUGUUUUUGUUUACCACUGUGUGUUUUCUACCCCUACCUUCGUUUAGUGACGCCGUACCACUUUUAAACUUAACAAUCCAUCUUUAAACUGUCCUUUCACUAACCACAGAUGGUUCAUAAAUACGACAAAGUUCUUUAUGAUUGGCUGCAACACUUAACCCAGAUGUCAUACGCGCUUUGAUGUAAGCUCGAAUUUCAACAUUAUUUUCUGAAUCUUUUCCAGCCAUUUUUAUACGCAGUUGAUCGAAUAUUCAACUUUCAACACUAAAUUUCUUAAAACGUGUGUGUAUUGGGAAACAUGUAUGAUACACCGUUGGAAAGAUAAAGAGUUGAAGCGUAUCAUAAUGUAGCUUUGCACGCGAUUCACGCACGAAAUAUACGUAGAGAAAAAUGAGGCUAAAUGUUGAAUUCUCCUGGUACUUCCAUAUUUUUUACUGAUUAAGUUAACACAAUCAAAUACAAAAAAACAUUGUAUGUUUAAAAAUAAUAUAUUAUCAUAAUACUUGAUGUCUUUGUCUUGAGAAAAUCAAUAAAUAUCAUUUGCUUAACUAUCUUAUGUAUAGAUGUGUCAUAUAAAUGUUAUGGUUUUUUUUGUAUCUGAAUAUAAUCAUGCUUUUAUGUUACGAGCAAAACUGGCUUAAUGGGUGUGAGAGUGUGCGUGUAUGUGUCCAUGUGCAUGCGUGCGUGUGUAAAUAUAUGAUUAUGAUGUUUUGUUUGAUUAUUUUACGACAUGAUGGAUCUUUAUUUGUAUAUUCAACAAUAUAUUUUUGUCUCUUACGCUUUUUUAGCUCACCAGAGCCGAAGGUUCAGGGCCAGCUAUUAGUAUCAAAGGGGGAUGCUCCGGCGUCCGUCGUCCGUCGUCAUGCGUCAACAAUCAUCUUCUUCUCUGAAACUGCUUGGCAGAUUUACUUCAAAUUUGGUCUGUAGCAUCCUUGUGACAGUCACACUUGAAUUUGCUCAUGUCAUUCCAAUUGGCCCCUUUUAGGGGUCAGCAGAGAUAAAAAUAGAAAAACCUUUAAACAUCUUCUUCUACAGAACUAAUUGAUGGAUGAUCACCAAACUUUGUCUGUAACAUUCUUGGGUAGUCUUUUAUCAAGUUUGCUCAUAUUAAUUUGAUUGGCCCCUUUUAGGGGUCUCUAGGCUAAAAAUAGAAAAACAUUUUAACGUCUAUUUCUACAGAACUAAUGGAUGGAUGAUCACCAAACUUUGUCUGUAGCAUUCAUAGGUAGUCUUUUAUCAAAUUUGCUCAUAUUAAUUUGAGUGGCUCCUUUUAGGGGCCACUAAAGCUAAAAAUAUAAAUACCGUUAAAUAUCUAUUUCUAGAGAACUAAGUGAUGGAUGAUCACCAAACUUUGUCUGUAGCAUUGUUGGGAAGUGUUUCAAUCAAGUUUGCUAAUAUUAUUUUGAUUGGCCCCUUUUAGGGGCAGACAAAGCUAAAAAUAGAAAUACUUUUAAAUGUCCAUUUCUACAGAACUAAUUGAUGGAUGAUCACCAAACUUUGUCUGUAGCAUUCUUGGAUAAUCUUUUAUCAAGUUUGCUCACAUUAAUUUGAGUGGCUCCUUUUAGGGGUCACUAAAGCUAAAAAUAGAAAAACCUUUAAAUAUCUCUUACUUCAGCACCAAUUGAUGGAUGAUUACCAAACUUUGUCUGUAGCAUUCUUGGGUAGUCUUUUAUCAUGUUCGCUUAUAUUAAUUUGAUUAGCCCCUUUUAGGGUCCACUAAAGCUAAAAAUAGAAAAAAACCUUCAAACAUCAUUUCCUAAACAAUUGAUAGAUGAUCAACAAACUUUGUAGCAUUCUUAGGUAGUCUUUUAUCAAGUUUGCUCAUAUUAAUUUGAUUAGCCCCGUUUAAGCUAAAGCUUAAAUGCCCCAGGUCAUGGCAUUUCUUCAAAUUAUUGUUUUAACAUAUUCUAGGCUUAAGUUUAAUAUGAGAAUACAUUGACAUUCCAACACUGAAAAGCAGUUGUUUCUGGUGAGCGACUCAGGGCCAUUAUGGCCCUCUUGUAUAUAAGAUCAGCUACUGUUCUUGAACGUAAGCUUCAGAUUGAAUUGAACUGAGUAUGAAAAUUUGUACUUUUAAUGUAAGAGGUUUGGGAAAUUAUAUGAAAAGAAAGCAAUUUUUUUAAUUGGCUAAAUUUACAAAAGUAUGAUAAAUGUCUUUUACAAGAAACGCAUUAAACACAAAUCAAUAUCUUAAAUGGACAUCAGAAUGGGAUGGACGGGCUUUUUACAGUGGAAAUACUAAUAAUAGUGCUGGCGUAUGCAUCUUAAUUAACAGCAAAUUCGAUUGCAAAAACAAAACAUAUACAGAAAUAGUUUGUGGUAGAUUAAUAGCAAUUGAGUUUGAACAGACAAUGAAAAUUAAUAACAGUCUACUUAAAUAUGAAUACCAAAACGUUAUACGAAAUAUUAUUGGAGAAACCGCUAUGAUAAAUGCAGGUGCAAAUCCAAAUACAAUGUGGGAAAUAAUGAAAGGAAAUAUUAGAAACGAAACUAUAAAGUUUGCAAGUAAAACCAAACAAAAUGAUGACAAAAAGGAAAAAGAAAUAAAUUUAACAUUAAUUAACAUGGAACAAACAUUGAGUUCUUGUUCCUUAAACAGUAAUAUUAAAAAAAUAAAGUCAGAAAUAGAAAUAAAAUAAAGAAGAGUUAUAUGAAAUGUACGAUAAGAAGAUAAAUGGAAUAAUAGAAAGAUCAAAAACGUUGAAUGUAGAAUGUAAUGAGAAAAAUAGUAAAUUGUUUGAAAAUUUAGAAAAAAGAAAUUCUUAAAAAAAGGUGUUGAUUCAAAUAGAAGUAAGUGGCCGAAUAAUCUCAAAACAAAAUAUAAUAUUAGAAGAGCAGAAGCGCUUCUACAAACAUCUGUAUAAAGAGGUUGAACAAAAAACAACUUAAUUUAAUUUUAUGGAUCCAACUUUACCUAAAGUAAGUGAUAAACAACGGACAUCUCUAGAUAGCGAACGUACUGUACUCGAAAAACAGCUCUAAAAAUAUGAAUAAUAAUAAAAGUCCUUGAUCAGAUGGAUAAACAACAGAAUUUUAUAAAAUCUUUUGGAAUGAUAUAAAAUAUUACUACAUUAACUCUAUUAAACAUUCAUUUGAAAUAAAAAUUUGAUUGAACUUCAUAACAAAGUAUCAUCACUCUAGCUGUUACCAAAAAGAAACAAACAUACUCUUUUCUUAGAAAGCUGGCGUCCAAAAUAUUUAAAAUAUUGACUAUAAAUAGUACCAAACGUUAUAGCAAAUAGAAUGAAAAAAGUUUAAUCUCUAAUCAUCAGUCAAAAUCAAUCUGGGUUCAUUAAAGAUAGAUACAUUGGAGAAAUUAUACGGACGAUAUUUGAAGUAUUAGAACAAAUGGAAAAUUAGGACCAAGAUGCACUUUUUUACAGACUUUGAAAAAGCUAGAAUCAACCAUAACUUCAUCUUUCAAGUUUUUGAAUUUUUUAAUUUUGGUAAUACAAUAAUCCAAUGGAUAAAACUUUUAUACAAUGACCCACAAAGCUGUGUUAUCACUUACGGACACAUGUCAGAUUUCUUUAAAAUACAUAGAGCUGUACGUCAAGGAUGCCCAUUUUCUCCGUAUAUAUUUAAUGUAUGCGUCAAACUUCUUUCAAACUGCAUAUGAAAGCAUAAAAAAUAAAAGGCAGCAACAUAAAUGGAAUCGAGAUUAAAAAUGUGUUAUUUGCGGAUGAUGCAAAUUUUGUAACUGAUUGGUCAAAAGAAUCUUUCGAAACAUUAAUUGCAAUACUCGAUGAUUUCAACAAAAUAUCAGGCCUAAACUUGAAUGAAAAGUAACGUAUUAAAAGUAGGCUCAAUAAGACACUCCGAAACUAAAUACUGCCGAAAUCGAAAUUUCCAAUGGACUUCUGACAAUGCAAAAUCUUUAGGUAUGACAUUUUGAACAAACUCUAUUUUAAAUAGAAUUUAGAA